AUGGGAAACACUUAUUCUCGCAGACAUCGUCAUAAAAGUGAUAAUAUAUCAAUAUGUACAUCAGUAAAUGGUGAUAAUUCAUCUCAAACAGAUAGUAUUUCUUCCAAUGUUAGAUAUAUAGGAGGAAGACCUUACUUUGAAGAAGAAAUAUCAGCAUACGUUGUAUAUUGGGAAGAAGCGGACAGGAUUCAAAUGGAACAUUUUGCAAUGAAACAUGCUUUUGGUGGUAAUUAUGCCGCUCCACUUUCUGAAAUUAUAAAACCUGGAAGCAAAAUUUUGGAUAUUGGUUGUGGGCCAGCUCAAGAAUUUCCUGAAGCAAAUGUAUAUGGAAUAGAUAUUUCUUCAACAUUUCCAGCUAGCAUAAAACCUAAAAAUUGUCACUUUAAAAAAUGCAACAUAGUUGAACCUUUUCCAUUUAAGGAUGAAGAAUUCGAUUACGUUUUUAUGAGAUACAUGAUCUUUGCUUUAAAAGAUUAUCAAUGGAUACAUGUAUUAAAUGAAAUAAAAAGAAUCUUAAAACCGGGUGGUGUUUUUGAAUGUGUAGACCGAGAUGUGCUUCGUGAGUAUAAUAAAACUGCAUUCAGAGCGGGUAAAACUAUCACUGCUUUUGUUGAAAAAUCUCAAUGUACAUUAUAUAAACAAAAAGGAAUUGACGUUCGAUUCAUAACAAAAGUUGAACCAACACUUAAGGAAAUGGGAUUUCAAAAUGUAACGUGUAUACAAAAACAUAUACCUUUUGGAAAUUGGGGUGGAAAAAUUGGUGAAAUAUGGAAAUUAAAUAAUAUAAAAAUGGCCGAAACGCAAAGAAUAUUAAUGCCUGAAAUUUUAGGUAUCACUGUUGAUGAGUGGGAUAGUACAUAUGCCCAAAUAAGUAAAGAACGAGAAGAAAACCAAGAAUUUGAUUCUGGUCAUCAGUCUGGUCAUAAGUCUGGUCAUCAGUCUAGUUGUUAA